GCUAAAGAAUAAGAGACGUCCUCGGGGCGAUGACAGGAUGCCUCCUUCUCGAUCAGGACGCGUCUACGAAGGACCACCGUCUAGGAUCGCCAUCAGAAUCGGACCCACCAUCGCCCUCUUGCUGAUUCUCUUGGAGAAUCGUCGCGCGACCUGCUUAAUGAGCAACUCCGUGGACGAUUGGGUGAGCGGCAAUGCCGUGGUGUGCAACGGUAUACCAGGCCUGACGAAGGAGCAACGCGAGCUGUGCCACAGGAAUCCGGACGUGACGGUGGCUGCGAUUAAAGGUCUGCAAAUAGCGAUAUCCGAAUGUCAGCAUCAAUUCAUGUGGCACAGGUGGAACUGUUCGUCCCUUACGCCGAGCAGUAGAACUCAACAGAGCAGUGUUCUUCUUCAGAGAGGUUACAGGGAAACCGCGUUCGCGUUCGCGAUCUCUGCAGCCGGGGUGGCCCACAGCGUAGCACGAGCGUGCAGCAUGGGACGACUGCUCUCCUGCGGAUGCGACCCGUCCAGCUACAAGGGUAAGCCUCCUGCCAAGGCAAGGGGCACGCAAUGGAAGUGGGGCGGAUGUUCUCACAACCUCGACUACGGCAUGGAGUUCUCGAGACAGUUCCUAGACACGCGCGAGAGGGUCGGGGAUAUACAGUCGACGGUCAAUCUCCACAACAAUCAGGCUGGUCGCUUGGCGGUGGCGAGCAACAUGCAGGUGCGCUGCAAGUGUCACGGCAUGUCCGGCUCCUGCGAGCUAAAGACCUGCUGGAAGGUGGCGCCUGACUUCCGACUGGUUGGGAAAACUUUGAAGGUUCGUUUCCGAAACGCCGUGUUAGUGGCCCAGAGCAACCUCGGCAGCGUAACGCCAUUGACGCGAGUGAGGGGUUCGCGAAGAAGAAGGCCGGAUCGACAGAGGCAGAGGAAACAUCGCGGUGGCGGACGGAAGCGAAGGCCUCGCGAUCUCGCUAAACAGCUGUUCUAUUACCAAAAAUCGCCGAAUUUCUGCGAAAGGGAUCCCAGCGCGGACAUUCCUGGCACCGCUGGUCGCAGGUGCAACAAGACCAGUUCCGGUGGCGACGGAUGCGGCAGCUUGUGCUGCGGCAGAGGGUACAACGUGGUCAGGCAACGACGCGUCGAGAUGUGCAGAUGCAAAUUUCACUGGUGUUGCUACGUGCAGUGUCAAAAUUGCACGGUAGAAGAGUGGAUCACCGUUUGCAAGUGAACAAAUUCGGAACAAUUCGGGGCACUUUGUAACACCGAAGAAGACUGGUUAAAAAAAAAGGACCGAUUCGGUGACCGUACUUUUUAUUCGCGCUUACAAUUAGCGCGCUAUCGAUAUGGGAGUCCGUGCGAUGGCAACCGGAUUUUCCGGAAGAAAACGAUCGACGUAAUUGUUCGAAACCGCGCGAGUAAUAUAAUUUAAUCGUCUAGAUUAAGCGAGCCUGUAAUUUAUUUAUAACGUUGGAUAAUCUAUUUAAUUAGUAGAUAAUUUGAAUAUUCACAGCAACUGUAACACCUCCGUCACAGUAUUAUUAGAAGAAGCAACAGUGCGAUGUGAAA